AUGUCUGACGAGCCGACCACCAGCGGUCAAUCCGCGCCUGCCGCGACUGAGGAGGUGGAGAAGAAGGUUGAAGGAACCUCGCCUGCUGCUGAAGCUUCUGAGGCGCCCGCGACUGCUGCCAGCGACGCGAAACCAUCUGAGUCUGAGGCAGCUGCCAAGGAGACCACCGAGGAUGCGCAGAAGGACGACUCCAAAAACAAGGAUUCAGCUGAGACCAAAGACGCGGAAUCAUCCGGCAAGACAGACGAACAAUCCAAGGACGAGGACGUCGAGAUGAAGGACGUGACAGAUGGAGCUGAGGCGAAAGAGACAUCUGAUGCCGUUGCCAAUGAUGCUGAGCAAGCGCCUGCUGCUGACGCUGACGCCGCUGAUGCGACAGCUGAUAAGUCCAAGUCGCGUCGGAGAUCGUCCGGUAUUCCGGAACACAAGGGCAAAAAGCUUAGCAAGAAGGCAUCGAAGGCGAAGUUCUUCAACACCAAUGCGCAACCCGGCGAUCACUUCCUCGUCAAGCUCAAGGGAUACCCUCAAUGGCCCGUCAUUGUCUGCGACGAGGAAAUGCUCCCCGAGACCCUGCUCAAGAGCCGUCCCGUCACCGCGAAGCGUGCCGACGGCACGUAUCGCGAAGACUUUGCUGAUGGUGGCAAGCGUCAAAAUGACCGCACAUUCCCCGUCAUGUACCUCCGGACGAACGAAUUCGGUUGGGUACCAAACUCUGCUCUCCAAGAGCUGAACUCCGAAAAGGCGACCGAGCUCCUCACCGACAAAGUCAAGAAGGUCGAGUUGCGCGAUGCCUUCGAGCUCGCCAUCGAGCAACACCCCCUUGAUUACUACAAGGACGAGCUUCAGAAAUACCAAGAUGAAGUAGCUCAGAAGCAGGCCGCCAAGGAUGCCAGAGAGGCCGCAAAGAAGAACAAGAAGAAGACUCCUGCGGUCAUUUCGGACGAUGAUGUCGACAUGGCUGAUGCUGCGGACGAGGAGGAGGAGGUCCCCGAACCUAAGGAGAAGACCAAGUCCAAGAAGAGAAAGGCGGACGAAGAAGCCAUUAGCACCCCGGCACGGACUGAUUCUGCCAAGAAGCCUAAGAUCAAGCUGAACACAUCCUCCACUCCUAAGACGACAAACGGGACAGCUACACCAAAGUCGGCUAAAGAGUCAGCCGCUAAGCCUGCGAAGUCCAAAGCGGCCAAGAAGGAGGGUGCUGAGAAGAAGGCGGAGAAGGAAAAGGAGGUUCUCUUCUUGCGCCACAAACUUCAGAAGGGCUUGCUUACCAGAGACCAAGAGCCGAAGGAGGAAGAGAUGAAGAUGAUGUCAGACUACAUUACUAAGCUUGAGAGCUUCCCAGAUCUUGAGGUCUCGAUCAUUCGGGCGACCAAGAUCAACAAGGUCCUCAAGGCUAUUCUCAAGCUUGAUUCCAUCCCCAAAGAGGAGGAAUUCAACUUCAAGAGUCGUUCGCAGACGCUCCUUGACAAGUGGACCAAGAUUCUCAGUGGUGGUGAUGCCGCUGCUGCGUCCGCAACUCCGGCUCCCACCAAUGGUGUCAAUGGCACCUCCGGAAAGACUGAGGAGAAGAAGGAGACUUCUGCCACUCCUAACGGUGCUAAAGAGGAAAGCAAGGAAGCUGAAAAGUCCGAGGAUUCUGAGAAGCAGACCGAAAAGGAGGCAAGUGCGAAGAAGUCCGAGGAGCCUGAAAAGGCAGAAGAAAAGCCCGAAAAGGCCGAGAAGCCCGCUGAAGAGCCCAGUGAGAAGGAGGCAUCUGCGGCCCCGGAAACGGAUGAGGUUAAGUCUUAG